AUGAAGCGGCGCAAUGCGGACUGCAGCAAACUCCGACGGCCGUUAAAACGGAACCGAAUCACCGAGGGUAUAUAUAGCAGUACGUUCCUGUACUUGAAGUUCCUGGUAGUGUGGGUGUUAGUUCUGCUGGCCGACUUCGUGCUGGAGUUCAGGUUUGAGUACCUGUGGCCCUUCUGGCUUUUUAUUCGAAGCGUCUACGACUCCUUCAGAUAUCAGGGACUGGCGUUCUCUGUGUUCUUCGUAUGUGUGGCGUUUACGUCGGACAUCAUCUGCCUCCUCUUCAUCCCAGUCCAAUGGCUGUUUUUCGCUGCCAGCACCUACGUAUGGGUCCAGUAUGUCUGGCACACAGAAAGAGGAGUCUGUCUACCCACUGUAUCGCUGUGGAUCCUGUUUGUGUACAUCGAAGCUGCCAUACGGUUCAAAGAUCUGAAGAACUUUCACGUAGACCUGUGUCGACCCUUCGCUGCUCACUGUAUCGGCUACCCUGUGGUGACUCUGGGCUUCGGCUUUAAGAGCUACGUUAGCUACAAGAUGCGACUGAGGAAACAGAAGGAGGUGCAGAAGGAGAAUGAAUUCUACAUGCAGCUUCUACAGCAGGCUUUACCGCCGGAGCAACAGAUGCUGCAGAGACAGGAGAGGGAGGCAGAGGAGGCUGCUUUAGCUAAAGGGAUCUCCGAGGUAGAACCCGCAGUAAUAUCCCAAAACGGAGCACCUCCUGGAAAGAAAAGCACCUCAGUCCCGCUACCAGAACUGGAGUACCGGGAAAAAGGGAAGGACAGUACUGGCAAAGAGCGCGAGGGCAAAAAACAAAACACAAUUGGAAUCAAUAACAACAGUAUUAUACACGCACUGGACUCCAAACUACAGGAGACAGAGUACAUAGAGAACUACGUCGGAGCAAAGAGACUGAAUAACGACCUGGCAGCAGAGAACACACACGCUGACGCCAACACACACUCCACUUCCAAAGAGGAAGUGGGGGGGACGGGGAAGAACUACAAAAAUGCCAGCGGAGGCGGGGGUAACAUUCCCAACUCGUCUCCACGGAAUCACAGUUCUUCAAAUGGCAGCGUGCCGCCGGGUUCCUCCACCAAUAAGAAUGAGAAGAAGCAGAAGGGGGCGGGGAAGGGGCAGAAGGAUCCAGUGGAGAACUGCAUCCCAAACAACCAGCUGGGCAAGCCGGACGCGCUCGUACGGCUGGAGCAGGAUGUGAAGCGUCUGAAGGCAGAUCUUCAGGCCAACAGGCAGCUGGAGUCAGAGCUGCGGAGUCAGCUCUCCUCUCUGAGCAGCCAGGACCGCAGCCUACGCUCUGAACUGGGCCAGCUCCGCCAGGACAACGAGCUGCUACAGAACAAGCUCCACAGUGCCGUCCAGGCCAAGCAGAAGGAUAAGCAGACCAUCUCCCAGCUGGAGAAGAGGCUGAAGGCUGAGCAGGAGGCUCGAGCCCUCGCUGAGAAACAGCUGGCCGAGGAGAGGAAGAGGAAGAAGAUGGAGGAGGCCACUGCUGCCAGAGCCGUGGCAUUAGCUGCUGCCACCAGAGUGGAGUCGACGGACUCUCUGCGUGGUCGCAUCAGAGAGCUGGAGACGGAGUGUAAGAAGCUCAGCAUGGACAUGAAACUUAAGGAGGAGCAGAUAAGGGAUCUGGAGGGCAAGUGUCAGGAGCUGAGGAAGUAUAAAGAGAAUGAGAAGGACACAGAGGUGUUGAUGUCAGCGCUGUCAGCCAUGCAGGAGAAGACCCAGCACCUGGAGAACAGCCUGAGUGCUGAGACCAGGAUCAAACUGGACCUCUUCUCUGCACUGGGAGACGCCAAGAGGCAGCUGGAGAUAGCACAAGGCCAGAUCCACCAGAGGGAGCAGGAGAUCGCGGAGCUGAAGCAGAAGAUAGCAGAGGUGAUGGCAGUGAUGCCCAGCCUGUCCUACUCAUCAGAUGGCAGCAACCUCAGCCCUGUCACCCCGCACUACUCCUCAAAGUUCAUGGACAAUAGUCCCUCCUCCCUGGACCCCAACGCCUCAGUCUACCAGCCCCUCAAAAAGUGACUCUGACAUCCACACUUUUGUCAGACAGAACUUUGUCUUCUUUCUUUCGGUGAAGCUCUCAGUUCUGGUUUGGGUUAUUUUUUGAGUUUACCAGCCCCUGACAGUUUUUGCACUCUAACGUACCACACACAGACACACACAGCGCACACAACCCCUCCAUACAUAUGUGUAUUUGGCUUCUUUCUAUUUCGGUUCUGUUAUCAGAACUAUUAUUUUGAGCAGGUUGUGAACAAUCUGAUUCUUUUGUUGUUGGGAUUUAGCCAUUAGACAGCGUGAUCUGUUUGAAGGGGGAUAAAGGAACACACACAGUUUGUUGGCCAAAUGUCUACUGAAGAGCCGUCAUGCUUCGCUUCAUGUCAGUCUUCUGUUGGUGUCGGUAUAUAAAUCCCCCCACAGCCAUAUUUUCUUGUAUAGUGAACUGAUACACAUUUAAUUUAAGAACAAUUGGCUUUUCAUGACUGUUUGGUAGGCGCAGGAUGCCCUAAGUUUUCAGUUUAGUUUGAGUCUGAAACUCGCCUGUAAAGUUGAGCCCAGCGAGAGAUACAUGAAUGUAAAACGAUUCAUGUUUUGCUUAAAUCAGUGAUUGUUUGUUUUGUAAUGUUUCAGUUCAGUUACGACAAUGUAUGUUUGUUCUAAACUAGUGAUACUGAACUGAUAAACGCUCGCUGUGUCCUUCAGAUAUUCCGACCCAGUUCAUCCUCUUAGAGAGUAACUUCAGUAUUUUUCAGCCUGGACCCUUUUUUCUCAUGUUCUUGUGUCUGAGUGACUCAUGGCAGCAACAGUUUUGAGACUGGUGCCGUACUUAGUGAGAUCACUGCAGGCAGCAGCAGAGAAACAGACUUCGAUGUGCAAUUGAGCACUGUGAAUUUACGUCCGCUGAAAGUGUUUGUUUUUGCCACUGACAGGCUCAGAUUGUCACUAUCAAUGUCUUCACAGACAUAGUCCUUGUUGUUGAUGAGUAAGAUCUCUGUUUUUAAACCAGAAACAGGCUCAAAAUCACUGCUGUCAACACCUCCGGACCCCAUUUACAAAAACAGUAAUUUUAUCAUCGUAGAACACGCUUGAUUCAAAGUCCACAGGAGCAAAAUAAAAGUCACACAAGCUGUCCUGGUUCAUUUCCCACUGUUUCAACAAUCACGAAGUUUGCUUUGGUUGAAAUUAACCCUUAAGUCACCCAGUUAGAAGUGAAAAUGCACUGACUCUGUACAUGCUAAAAUUGCUGUUUAUGUGAAUGGAGUCUGGUGGAUUUGGUGAUGGUGAUUUUGAGGCUGUUUCUGGUUAGACAAAAGGGGAUGUAUCCCUGUAUGGAUCAUUUUCAUAAGUUCUCAGACACUCAAGGCAGAUCUAUACUUGUGCAGUGGUGUGUCUGUGUCACUCUGCAGUUACACCUCCAAAACACUAGUUGGCGGCAGGGUUUCUGUGAAGUGCUGUAAAGUUUAGUUGAUUCAAAACACACA